GCCAAAAUCAAUUCACAAAGAAAACGAGCAUGAUUAUAUUGCUGCAUUCUGGAAUGAGGUUACUUCACGGGUUAUCACGCUUCACGGACACGUUUCGGCGGUCGGCGAAAAAGCGCUAAGCGCGAAUGAUUCGUACCCAAUUCCCCACGGCGUGGGUGUUUUUCAACAUGGCUCCUUCGAGAAGUUGAAUCUCAGUGCUGGAAAACAGGAAGUCUGCUUGCCUUUACUAUAUCUCUAUUCAGUAAUAAUGGAUUCAAUUUUAAAGCCAUGAAUAAUUAUGGAACAGGGCGAGGAUGUUCUGGCAUCGGAAGAAGGGACAUUAGGUGGCUCGCACGGUCGAGAAGGAGGCGUACGUGAAGCUGCCUGUCGGAAUCACCGAAGUGGUCGGGCGAAGAAGUUAUCGAGAAAGGUUUCUUUUCCAGACGAUGCCCUUCUUGUCCGGGCUCUAGAUCCAGUUGAUCCUUGGGAAAAUGCUGGUCAUCAUAGCAGCAAAGAGGUGAUUGAUGCCUACAGGAACACAUGCACCAGAUUAAAGAUCAAGCCAUGUGAAAAACUCAUAAAACAGCUUGAGGCAUGUGAGAGUUUUCAGGACAGAAUCGAUGUUAUAGAUUUAAGAGGUGUUAAACUUGACUUACGAAACUGUGAAGCCCUUGAGGAAGUAUUCAGAAGAGUUAGAACCAAGACAUUAGAUCUUGAAAAUACAGGACUUGAAGAUGAUGGUGCUGUUUCAUUGCUGGAAAUGAUAGAGUUCUACAAGUCGACAUGUAAACUUAACUUGGCCUACAAUAGCAAGAUAAAGAUAAGAGGAUGGCAGGCUCUUAGUAGGACUUUAAAGAAGACUCCAUGUCUUCAAUACUUGGACAUACGUAACACAGUGUGGACAGAGCAAGCUCUUCCACUGCUGGGACGAUCCAUAAGGCUGGACUGCUGUCUCACUGUGUUGCACAUGGAGUGUGCCAACCUUUCUGGGAGACCACUGUUCCUGCUGGGUACGUCAAAUACCUGUAAUUCAGUUCAUGUCAUGGAUGCAGUUAGCAUCUAUAAGAUUAUGAGCUCUGACAUGGGUAUAGGUCAUAUAUGUGAAGGGCUUGCUGAACAGCAGAAUGGUGGACUACAGACACUGGUACUGUGGAACACUCAACUUAUGAGCCAUGGAGUUGGUUAUCUGGCUAAUGCACUGAUGUGUACCAGAUCUCUACAAACUCUUAAUCUUGGACACAAUCGGCUGACUAAUGAGGGAAUACACACAUUGAAAGAAGGACUCCUGAGAAACCACUCGCUACAAAGACUUGGUCUUUUAAAUACAAGAAUAUCAAGUGAAGGAAUGAUAGCCCUCGCUGAAGUAAUAGCAGAAAGCAAGACCCUACUGAGAAUGGACAUCCGUGAAAAUGAACCUUAUGUAGGUGGACUGAUGGCUCUCUCUCUAUCACUGAAGGUCAAUGAGUCCCUUGUGCGGAUAGACCUGGAUAAGGAGCUCAAAAAAGAGCCGGGCAUGGAAACAACCCAGAGAAUACUUCUUGCCGAUAUCUACGGCUAUUGCCAGAGAAACAAACUCUUAGCCAAGGAACGCGAAGAAAGAGAACUAGCUAACGAAAGUCAAACUGAGGAGGGAGGGAUCAGUGAAUCAGACAGUAUCAUUCAGGAUGUCAAAGAGCACGUGCCUGUAUUGGAGUCUCCACUUGAAAACGAGGCCACAACGGGCCCGCCGAAGUUGAUUCAGUUGGAAAAUCCUCCAGAUAUCACGGAAGAGCUUAAAGUAUUGACAGCGGACUUUCCUGGCCUGUCGCGAUUCAGGGUGACGGCCGUGUCAGACGAGGAACAACAUCCAAACCAGGACUCGAACUCGAGUGAAGAAGAUCUUGUGCCCCUUGUGGAUUUGUCAAACUCGAACUGUUCGUCGGAUUUAAACGAUGCGAGCGUGAAGGUCGAUUUGAGUGAUCCGGUACAGGGGGUAACUCUUGUGGAAUUAGACGACUCCAGUAAUUCUGUAGUUCUGUUAAAGCCAGGCACAGCUCCAUUAAUCCCUUCGCCGGUACAAACUGAUAGAAAAAUAACAGAUUCUUCACAGUCCGCAGGUGAAUUUGAAAAGGAACUUGAGUUGUUGACCAGUUUAACUGUGAAGGAAGCCAAUCACAAUCCGCUCCUAAACAACGCCAUGAACAAUCAGGAUUUCUGGAGCAACCAGAUGGAUGGCAUCGUGAAAGGAGCAACAAACAUCCCGGCCCCUCCCUCGACAGUGUCUCCAAAUGGUGCUUGUAACACAGCAGACCUAUUGGGUUAGAGCGACAGCGUGUUCAAAAACACAGUUCAUAUGGGGAUUCGCAAUUGUACUAAUUGGAAUGGUUCAUUCGCAGUUUUAAGUAGAAUGGCCAGCAGUCUUUAUUAUGAUAUUUGAAAAACAGGCGCAUAUCAUUGUUGCCUGGAUAUGAACUUUUACCAAAUUUGUUUUAUAAAUCAAUACAAGGAAAUAUUCUAAAUGGGCGAGAUUUUCCUCGGUUUACUUUACUAAGAAAUUAUUUUGAUCCAACGGGAAGAUUUUAAUUUUAAUUUUGCAACGAGAUUGUAAUUCGCAGUGCCAAAUCCUUGCCCUCGUUUUAUGUGGUUGCGUGACAUGGAGUCACGCAACCCGUGACAACAGUGGUCAGUUUGGUAAACCUUGCUGGCGAAGUAAGGUUGAAAUAAUUUUUUGUAUGCUUCUUGUUUUAUAUGCAGUAUCAGAUUGCCAACCCUUUUAAUCGCCAAGAACGAUUAAAGUCUUAAUUCUUUUUUAGUACAAACUAAAAGAGAGCUUAAUACGUGGUGGAUGUCUCAUUUUAUACUGUCCUGAUGUUCCUUAGUCUUAGCCUUGCACGAACUGUGCUCCAUUUUGGUGAAUUCUAACACCUUUGGAGUUGUAUGUUUUCUACCUUAGUAAUCGACUCGUUUAGGUGUAUGUGUUUCUUCAGUUUUAAAGGUUGUGUAUUGGAAAAAUGAUUUUAUAUCGAUAUCUUGACAUAGCUCCCUUGUAAGCAGACACGAUUUGAUGAGAAUGAAAAUCACUAUUAAUUGAAUGUCUUGAUCUUCCACCGAAUUCUCAAUACUGUCAUCUAGCAAUUAAUAGGCAAUUAUUAAGGAGAAUUCAGAUUUGGAACUUAAAGUAAAGCGGCUCAGUGCCAGUGUAUAUAUACACAAAUUGUUAUUAUCUUAUUGUAAAUCUUGGUAUUACCGUCAAUCAACGGAGAUCUUAGUAAAUAUUAAUGCUAGAAGAGGUUUCUUUUCAAACAUUUGUAAGUACGAAUGCAGGUCAUACAUUUAUUUGUAUUAAUAUUAAUUCGCUAUUAGUAGAUUACUCUCGAUUUCACUUAGUAAAAAAUGGAUGCUCACUAAUCCAAAGACAGCUUUUCUCGAAACACUUUUGUUAAGAAACAUCAUGUCAAUUUGUUUUAGUGAAAAUAAACGAGUGGAACCACA